UGGUGGUGUGCCAAGAAAACAGGUGAAAGCGCAAGGAUGCUAAUUCUGAGCCAAGCUCCCACCGGAGCCUUAUCGGCCAGCUGUUCUCGCAAGCCCCCUCUCAAAUUCACCAACCCGAACCCGCCAAUCUUCUCGACCCGAAAACCCAAAUUCCUUCCCAGACCCAACCCGUCCAAGUCCCUCAACCUCACGAUCGCUAAAGCCGUCGACGGAGGAGGCGUCGAUUCCACCUCACCCGCCGCCGCCGUCAAGCCGCUCCCCUCUCCUCCUCCGUCGCCGUUAGACAAUGACCAGCCCGUCUUCGUCGGCGGCGAGAAUAUGCCCUUGGAAGGCGUCAUUCAGUUCGACAAGCCCAGGCCCAGCUCCUCUGCUCGAAUCAGAAAAUGGGGUAAGGUGGCAUUGCUCGCCGGCGGGGAUGUUCUGGCUUUGCUGACGUUCGCUGCAAUUGGGAGAUUCAGUCAUGGCUUCCCUGUUUUGGACCUUGAAACCCUCCGCACUGCUGACCCUUUUAUUGCCGGUUGGUUUUUGAGUGCUUAUUUCCUCGGAGGCUUUGGGGAAGACGGACGUGGAAUCAAUGGUCUGCCUAAGGCUGUUACUGCUUCUGCAAAGUCAUGGGCCCUCGGAAUCCCACUUGGGAUAGUCAUAAGGGCAUCAACAGCAGGUCACAUUCCCUCAUUCAGUUUUGUGUUGGUAUCAAUGGGGAGCACUGCUGUUCUACUUUUGGGAUGGAGGACGUUAUUGUAUAAAUUCCUUCCUGGUGAUAAGAGCAAAAAGAGUGAUGUAUAUCGCCGUGGUAGCCCGUUUGAGUUGUUUGAGUUGCUCACAUCUCUAGUACGAAGAUGGUGAUGAUCAGUUAUUGAAUGUCCCUGUACCAUAUGGCGAAUACUGAUUCUGACAUCAGCUCUUCUCAUACUUAAGAAGUUGUACGCAAAGCUAAGAGAAUAGAUUGACUCUGUAAGAAACUGCUUCUCGUGCGCUCUUUGGUUGAGUGUUAACAACUGUCAACUAAUAUGUUUAUAUAGAUGCUUUGUUUUCCAUAUAAUUUGGCUGAGAAGGUGUUUUGAUAGAGGAUCUUUUGCUUGGUUGCAUGGUUACAAAUAUAAGGUAUAUCAGCAUAGAAUUCAAAAUUGUUA